CACGCUGUUCCUGCGUUAAAUUCACUCUCCCAUAACCAUUCUUUAACGCACACUCGUGUUUGCUUUAUUUUUCAAGCAAAGAAAAGUUCUUCCUAAUCUUGAAGCUUAUCGCAAGAGCCCUCUUGGUUAAUUCUUCAGUUUUUUUCUUUUGGAAUAGGUUUGUGUUGAAUCUGCAAUCUGGGCUGAAGAAGUAGAUAAACAUGUCUUGGGCGUCUCGUUAUUGCGGAAAGUGUGUGCGAUUGGUCGCAUUCUUUUGGGUUAUUGUGUAAUUUGAUUUCAUUUGGUGUCUUUUCCAGUGGUGAAAUUUCUAUUUACUUCUAUAGUGAUCUACUUAAUUUUGGUUGGAGUAGUGAGAAUGUACAUUGCAGUUACCCAAAGGAAACAUCGUAAAGUAAAGGAAGUUGGAAAAUUUAAGAUGAAUGUUGGAGCUAUUGCUUUCUACCAAUUGAUGCAAGUUCGCCAGGCUGAAUAUUUCCGUCAGUUGCUUAAACCUGUUACGUAGUCUUGUUUGGUAAUCACCUUGUAAGACUGGGAUUGGUGGCCUUCUCCUUUGGUAUUGGUUGUGUUGAAAUUUUUCGAAUUAGCAUUGAACGCAAAAACUAUUGAACGAACCAGAUAGCUCUCUUUCACGAUGAUGGAUACAACUUAGUUGUACCACAAACAUAUUUUUUACUUAAUUUAUUACCGUAAAACUUUCGUCCAAUUUGAAAUCGAAGAGAACCCUUUUGAAAGCUGCAGACUUGUAUAUCAGUGAAGUUGUUAACUGUUCCAAAUGCAUAGUGACCGGAAGUAUUUCCCUCAAAAUCCCAUCCUUCCUCUUCCUGAUCAAGUGGGUGGUUGCUACAAGAGCAAGACCCCUAUUGCAUCCAUCUUUGGUGGAACAAUUCUGCCCUCAGGUAUAAAACCUUCUAGGCCCUUACAUGGUGUUGACUUUCAGACCUCUGAGGCAUGCCCGAGGAAUUUUAUAAUCUUUGACCAAACGAAUAACAGAAGCCAAAUCACGUUCCAUCCCGAGAUUGAUUCUAAGUUUCUUCAUCCUGAUUUUGGUGGGGUUGGUGUGUCUAACUGCCUAGACAACGUUGGUUGGAAGGAUAAGAAAGAAGACGAAGAAAUAACUUCUUUUAAAGAAGAUUCUGAUGAUAUCGAUGCUCUAUUGAGCACAGAAUAUGAUGAAACUGAAGAAUACGAAGAUGAUGAGGUGAGCACAGCACGAAUGGAUGCAAAUUAUGAGAGCGAUUCCUCAGAUUCAUGUUCUAAUUAUGAAUCUGUGUCUAGAAAGAGGAGGUCACCUCCUUCUGAGAAGUCUUCUAAUGACAUGAAACGUCAGAAAAUGAGGAAAAUGGUGAAGGCAUUAGGAGGUAUUGUUCCCGGUGCCAACCGGAUGAGCACUGUAGCUGUUCUUGAUGAAGCUGUUAAGUACCUGAAGUCUCUCAGGGUUGAAGUGCAGGAGAUGGGAGCUGGAAAUUCGACAAAAUAUGCUUGAGCAACAUAUUCCCUUCAGCAAUGAAGAAUGCAUUCGUUUUAGUCACCAGAUCAGUUAGUUUCGUAAAGCCUGGGAUAUCUUGUAUCUACACAUCUGGUUGUGUUAGAAGUCUAAUAAUGCUUAGUUUCCCGCAGACAUUCUGGCUUCGAGGGUUUUCUACGUAUGUGAACAGAAUGAAUGUAAAAUGGUCCCAGGUAUUAUGGACGAUAGUUAAUUUGUAUUGGGCUUAAUCUGUUUCCGUCUCUGUACUAUGACCUGUUUCUUACUUGUUUGUUCCAUUAUUAUGUUAAACAUUAUAACAAUAGAUGAGUGAUUCUGAGUGUUUUCUUUCC